UCACGUGACUAACGCGGAAGACAACAAGCCAGCGAAAUGUAACAUCUAAGAGCACCUAACUUUUCUCCAGCUCUCUGUAGUCUGUCUGUCGUCUAACUUAAGUUAAUGUGUUUUAAAAAACGGAGUCUUGAAUUAAACUGCGUGGCUUUAAAAGUUGUUGGGCGUACUCUGAAGUGUUGUAGUCUACGUUAACGUCAGUAAGGUUAAUGAACGCACAGUUUCAAAAUGCGGAACGAUUCUCUUCUCUCAAGCAUAAACGUGGUGCUUGUGAUGGCCUUCGGAAGUCUGGUGUUUGUUUUGCUGUUCAUCUUUGUCAAAAGACAAAUUAUGCGUUUUGCCAUGAAGUCCCGCAGAGGACCACAUGUUCCCCUCGGCCACAACGCUCCUAAGGAGUUGAGGCAAAAAAUUGAAGCCAAACUGAGCCAAGUUCAGAAAAUCCACUUUGAGCCUCGUCUUAUGUCUCCAGAUGAUGACCGGCUGAAGCACUGCGGACAGUCGGGUUCCUACGACUAUCUGUACAGGAUGAGAGCACUGGAUGCCAUCAGAGACACUGAUCUCCCUUUCCGUGAGCUUGGUGGGACGUCCACCGCUGUGACGGGUAAAAGACUACAGACCUGGCUUCUACAGCUGAAAAAAUCACACUGCAUGUUCAGAGAAAACCUCAUCGACACAGUGCUGGACGGGUACAAUAAAGCACGUCAUGGGGCAGAGACUUUUGGUGAAGCAGAAUUUUUAGAAUACCAGGAAGCUCUAACUGAACUGGCCUCUGCUGUCAAGUCUCACAGCAGCAGCGGCAGUUCUCCAAGCCGACACCACCAGUCUGCAGCCAAAGACUUGACCAGCAGCGCGGAGCUUACACGCUCCUCCUCCCCAACACAAACCACCUACCUCACAUCCUCAGUGCAGCAGCGCAGCAAGCGACCCAGACACUUCCUGGAGCUGAAGAACUUUAAAGACAACUACAACACUCUGGACAGCUCGUUCUAAAAAAAAAAAUCCAUGAAGCCCGUCCUUAAGACAGGUCAAAGACAAGGAAGUGCUGCCAAGAAUGUAAGUGCCUACCGUAUUAACUGUCACUUUGGCCAUUUAGUUUAGAGUGAGGCAAUAUAAACACUGCCUUUAAAUACAAACACAAACUGCCUGAUAGACAAUAAAGUGCACAUCAGACCACUGGUAUAAGCCUCUUACCUAAGUGUAGCCUUUGCGUAUGAACUCUGUAUAAAUGCAUGUGUGAGUGCUUUAGAAAAAUAGUCUAUAAUAUGAAAGGUUGAUUUGACCAAACCAGAGCUAUAGAGCUAUGCAAUGAUAAGACAAUCAGUAUUUAUUACACACCUAUGCACAAUUGUUACUAUUAACCAACUGUAUUGAAAAAGAUUAUGUUUAAAAAAAAAUAAAAAAUUAUUGGUUGCCCUGCACUGUUAAUGUCACUUAUGUUUACGUCUCUUAGUGCCUCUGCUGUUCAUUCUCUACAACAUGACAGCCCGUUCUUAGCCUUAAAUGUUUGUUUUUUACAGAAGCCAUACUGUACUUGAUUAAAGGAUUUUGGUGAUUAGGUGCUUUUCUGAUUUUAUCAGUUCUCUCAGUGCAAUGUGAUUCAACAGUGCUCAUACUGUAAUUGUGCAUUAAUUUAUCUGUAUGUGAGGGGGAAGACUUUCUUUGUGACUGGUGUUGAAAUGUGUGAACUGUUCAUUUCAUUUGGAGGUAUUAUUGGGCCUUGGUGUUUUAAUUGUAUGUGCCAUUAAUUGUAAGUAGCUUUUAAAAUAAAUGAAUCCAGUCCAAA